AUGUUGACAACGUCGUUACGCCGGGCGGCAUGGGCAAUGCCCGUACCCGGUUUGACUCGAUCUUCCGGUCAGGCACUCGCCGUUCGAGGCAUCCAUCACCGCCGGUACUCCUCGUCCUCGUCGAAGCCGCCAGUUCCACCGAGUGAUGGCUCUCGGCGGAUGGACACAUCCUCUACGCCUGCGAAGGGCGUGAGCUCGUCGAACGAGAAGGGCAAGGCAGCCCGUCGGCGGGGGAAGGAUAACAGUGCCCGCAAUGGGUCUUCAAAGGCCAGCCAGCAGAAUUCUGUUUUUGCCAAUCUCCCCAGCGUUCCCUCGACUCAGCACCUGCAGCCGCAUGGUAAGCAUUUUCCUUUGUCGCUGCUUCAGCUCCGAGAUCGUACUGACUUGCAUCAAGAUGUCCAUGUAGCAUCCUUCUUCUCGAUCCACCGACCCAUGUCCGUGACGUCGACGGUACCGCCUGCUUCAAGCGCCGAGGCCUUUGAUGCGAUCUUCUCAUCAAAGCGAACCCUCAAGAACGAGCCGGAGGACGUCAUCUUCACUCUUUCCUCGACAGUUCAGUCUAUGGAGAACACAGCGCACUCCCUGAGCGAACCGGAAGACCAACUGGGCCAGCUCAACCGCAGCUUCGCCAGCGAGCAGGACGGUGAGCUGCGCAUGAUGGACGGCCCGGAAGCCAAGAUGUCCGUGGAAGAGUUCACCCGCCGGCUGCGCCCCUUCAACCCACCUCCACCGCCCACAUCAACCUACUCGACCGUCCUGACGAUCCGCGAAUCCCGCCACGCAGACGGCCGCAAGACCUACGAGGCGCACACGGGACCUUUCGUUUUCAAUGACGACGUGGAAGGCCCCGCCGGAACGCGGGACGAAGUUGCCGCCUCCAUCGAUGCCCCCAGCGGCUUCGGCUCGGGUACGACCUACAUCGAGCGCCUGCGUUACAACCGGUCCAUGCACACGCUCAGCACGAAGCGACGGCGCCGUGUGAAGAUGAAGAAGCAUAAGUUUAAGAAGCUGAUGCGGAGGACGCGCACGCUGCGCCGGAAACUCGACAAGGCUUAG